AUGGCUGAUGCUCUUCUUAAUGUUGUGUUCGAGAACUUAAACUCACUGGUGCAGAAAGAAUUUGGAUUACUUUGUGGAGUCAACAAAGAGAUGGAGAAACUGUCAAGCACGCUGUCGACAAUUCGCGCCGUGCUUGCGGAUGCGGAGGAGAAGCAAUCGAGUGACCGAGCAAUCAAGAAUUGGUUGCAUAAACUUAGUGAUGCUGCUCAUGUGUUGGAUGACGUUUUGGAUGACUGUGGAAUGGAGACCUCUCGGUUGGAGUAUGUUAGGCAAAACUCUAGAUGGGAGCAAAAGGUAUGCUCUUUCUUUUUAUUCCAUUUUGAUCCAAUGAACUCUUUGUUUCGAAGGAAAAUCGCAAAAAAAAUGAAAGAGGUAGGAGAUAGAUUGGAUGAGAUUGCAAAUGAGCGUAACAAGUUUCACUUGAAUGAGCUGAUUGGGAAUCAAAGACAAAUCCAAGCAAAUAGACACCAAACUGGUUCUAUUGUUACUCAACCACAAGUUUAUGGAAGAGAAGAUAAAGAAAAGAUUGUUGAGUUUCUAGUCAACGAAACAAUAAAGUGUAGGGAUAUAGUGGUUUACCCCAUAGUAGGCAUGGGAGGCAUAGGAAAGACAACACUAGCUCAAUUGAUAUUCAAUGAUGCGAGAGUUAGUGGGAAUUUUGAGCUUAAACUAUGGGUGUGUGUGGUUCAAGAUUUUGAUUUGAAGAGAUUGAUGAAAGCAAUUAUAGAAUGUUCGAGCGGAAGCACUUGUGAAGUAUUGGACAUGGAUCCUUUACAGAGGCGUCUCCAAGACAUGCUGAGAGGGAAGAAGUUUUUGCUUGUUUUAGACGAUGUAUGGAAUGAAGAACAAGAACAAUGGGACAUAUUGAAACAUGUAUUGGCAUGUGGAUCGAAUGGUUCUUCAGUUCUCGUCACUACUCGCCUAAAGAAGGUAGCGUCAAUCAUGGGAACAAUUCAAAUGCAUCAUUUGUCUGGUUUAUCUGAAGAAGAUUGCUGGUUACUGUUUAAGCAACGUGCGUUCAGUAUUGAGACAGAGCCGCAACCGAAACUAGUAAAAAUUGGGAAAUAUAUAGUAAGGAAGUGCGGGGGAGUGCCACUAGCUGCAAAAGCUUUAGGCGGUUUGAUGCGAUUCAAAAGUGAGGAAAAUGAGUGGAUUUCUGUGAUGGAAAGUGAGUUGUGGAAUUUAUCAGAGGAUGAGAAUUCUCUUUUGCCAGCUUUGAGAUUGAGCUACUUCAACCUUCCAAUAGAACAAAGACGAUGUUUCGCCUUUUGCGCCUUGUUUCCAAAAGAUUCCAGAAUUAUCAAGGAUCGCAUUAUUCAUCUAUGGAUGGCUAAUGGUUUCAUUUCUACAAAGGGAGAAGUAGAGGUCGAAGAGAUUGGUAAUCAUAUAUUUAAUGAACUACAUUGGAGGUCAUUUUUUGAAGAUUAUAAGAAAGAUUAUUUCGGCACUUGGAGUUUCAAGAUGCAUAAUCUAGUUCAUGAUCUUGCCCACUCUGUAAUGGAGGAUGAACUUCAUUUUAUGAAGCUCCACCAUGAUAGCCCAAUUACCUUACCAAAGAGGUUGCGGUACCUUACAUGUGCAUACUCCCACCGACCACUCAACAAAAUACCCUCUUCUCAAUCUUUAAGAACUUUGAUGCUCUUAUCCAUGGAUUGCCAUACAGUCAACUUCAAUUGUGACCUGAAUUUUCCUUCUUUGCGAGCUAUUGAUGUUGAGUAUUUUACAAUAACGUCCAUAUCAUCUUUGAUCAAAACUACCAAGCAUCUCAGAUAUUUAAACCUUUCAUACACAGAUAUUAGAAUCCUUCCAAAGUCAAUCUGCAACCUACAAAACCUGCAAACUUUGCACCUAAUCGGAUGUAGUUUUCUUCAAAAGCUGCCUAAGAAUUUAAGUUGCUUAAGAAGUCUUCGCCACCUUAACAUGUUUGGUUGUGUCCAAUUAUCUGAACUUCCUUGUAACAUUGGGCGACUAACUUGCCUUAGAACUUUGAGCAUGUUCAUAGUUGGCCGCAGAAGAGGAUGUCACUUGGAAGAAUUGCAAGGCUUAAAUCUCGGCGGUGAUCUAGAAAUUAAAGGCCUCGAGAAAGUGAUUAGUCCUAAAGAUGCUGAAAAGGCCAAUAUAAUAGAGAAGAGGAACAUCAACAAAUUGUGUUUGUAUUGGGGCACGGAAGCAUAUGAAUUGAAAGUUAAUGCAGUUGAUGAAGUUCUUGAAGCCCUUGAACCUUCCCCAACUUUGACAAUUUUAGAGAUAAAAAACUACAAAGGUGUUGGCUUUCCUCAUUGGUUGAGUAAUGGAAUCCUUGAAAAUGUCGUUAGUAUCACUCUCUCUAAUUGCAACAACUGUUCACAACUCCCAGCCUUCAACAAACUUCCUAGUUUGAGAUAUGUUUAUAUUCAUCAAAUGAAUCUUGUUCAGUAUGUUGAUAAUGGAUCUUAUGAUGGAGAUUCACUAGGAGGUUUCAUGCGGCUGGAAAAUCUAAUGAUCAGAAAUUUGCCAAAUCUAGCAAAUUUAUCAAGAAAUGAGAAAGGAAGAGAAGAAAUGUUUCCAUGUCUAUCAGAGCUUUACAUUAGUCAUUGUUACAAACUGAUGAUGUUACCUUGCAUUCCUUCACUCAAGAAGCUACAACUAUGGAAGUCCAACAAGACAAUAUUGAACUCAAUUUCAAAUCUCCCUGGUCUCAUUUCUCUUGGUUUGCACAAAUUUGAUGACAUUACUUCCCUACCAGAUCAGAUGCUGCAAAACCUCACCACUCUACAAAUUCUUAGAAUAUCAUAUAUCCCUAACCUCCACGAGCUGCCUAAUGACAUGCUAAAGGGUGUCAAUUCUAUUGAGAAACUGCACAUAAAAUGUUGUGAUGAGCUGGAGUGCCUACCUGAUGGAAUUUUCCAAAAUCCAAGUUGUCUGAAAUGCAUUUCAAUUGUAAACUGUAAGAAGUUCAAAUAUUUGUCCGAAAGCUUUCAAUACCUCACCGCCCUUCAAUCUUUAGACAUCAGUGGUUGUCCUGAGUUGGAGAUUUUUCCAAAUGAUCUUGACCAUCUUUCUUCACUCAGGCAUUUGACCAUGUCAGGCCAUUUUGGCAACUAUGCCUCUCAAUGUUCAUCUCCUAAGAUGAAACUUUUGCCUGAGGCCUUGCAACAUCUCCCUUCACUUGAAUCAAUGAUUAUAUCUGAUUUUCCAAAUCUUACAACAUUGCCUGACUGGCUUGGAAACCUGACAUCACUUCAAGAAUUAUUCAUUGGAAACUGCUUAAAUUUGAGGUCAGUACCAGCAAGCAUUCAACAGCUCACUAACUUAAGAAAACUGUCCAUUCAGUCUUGCCCAAAAUUACAAGAACGGUGUGAGAAGGAAACAGGAGAGGACUGGCACAAGAUAACUCACAUUCCAAAUGUCUCUGUGUGA